AUGUGGAGUCCAACUCAUGUGCAAGUUACUGUUCAAAAAGCCAAAGAUUUACUUAUUAAAGGAAACAAUGGUACAAACAACUCAUUUGUUACAAUUGCAGUAGGAAAAGAGAAAUAUCAAACAUCUAUAAAAGAAAAAGAAGGGAAAGAUGUCCAGUGGCAUGAACAGUGUGAAUUACUUAUACCUCAAAUUGGAAACACUGCAUCUAUAAUACUGACAGUCCUUCAUAGAAACAAUUUGGGUCUAGAUGAAUUUUUAGGUCAUGUAAAUAUACCUUUGGCAUCUUUUGAUGUGUAUGAAAGACCCAAAAGCAGAUGGUACAAAUUACAGGGAAAGCCUGGAAAAGAAAAAGGUAAAGAUAAAUAUAGAGGAGAGUUGGAAGUUCGAGUUGGCUUCACUGUUAAAGCUUCCACUGGGUCACUAAUGGAUUUGUCUAAAAAAGAAAAAUUUCGAGCAUCAUUGGGUCAAUUAUCUAAUAAAGUUAGUGGUAGUUUACUGAGUUUAAACAAUAAAGAAAAAGGAACUGGAAUAAAACAAAUAACUCGAUCAAUUUCAAAAAAAAUAUCAAAGAAAAAGAAAGAUGUGGAACAUAUUGAUAAGGAAAUUAGUGUCGGAAACAAAGAAGAUUUCAGUAAUAAUAUUGAUCCAGGGGUCAUAAGCGAAGAUGAAGAUGAAUUUUCAUUUGACAAUUUAUCCCACAAGAGUUCUGGUACUUCCAUAAACACUAAUCCUCCAGCAUUAGAAAAUCUGGCUGGUGGUGAAUUCUUAAGGCGUUCCAGCUUAGAACCCAUAAAAUCUCCCAGAUCAAUAGUAUCAUCGGAAAAAAAUGAAGAUGAAUGGACUCAAAAAUUAUUUCAAAAGGGAGAUACAAUGAAGCGUUUUAGUAGUGGUUCGAUAAAAUUUAGAGGAAAUGAGGCAGCAACAAAUGUAAAUACUUUUCUAUCGAAUGAAAAGUCUGCAUUAUCAAAAAGUUCAUUGUCCAUCACGAGUAAUUCGGAUGAAAAAGAAACUCAUGAUGUUCAAAAUGCUGGAAAAUCUCUUACGUCGGAAAGGAAAUCAUUGACAUCAAGUUUUUUGGAAAAGCAAAUCUUUCCAGAUUCUGAUGCUAAAGAAAAUACUAAACAAGAAACAAAUAUAAUAACAAAAGCAUUUCCACAAUUGAAAAAAAAAGAAAAAAAGACAAUGGAUAGGUUUGUUGUCGGAGAGGAAAUGGCAAAAGUUACAGAGGAAGGAUCGAAACAUUCAAAAGAAAUCUUGAGACAAUUUGAAUCUAAAAGUAGAGAUGAUUUAAUAGACAUGGUCAUAGAGUUGCAAAAAGAUAUUGGUAAAUCAAAUCAUCAUUUAAAAGAGCUUGAAGAUUAUUUGGAUCAGCUUUUAUUAAAAGUCAUGGAAACAACUCCUAGAAUUUUACAAAAUCCCUACAUUAAAAUGAUCAUUUGUUAG